AGAGCAGGCAGCCGGGGCCUCGGGAGCAGCAGCAGCAGCAGCAGCUGGAGCCGGAGCCGGAGCCGGAGUCUCCGGAGCAGCGGGUGCUGGGGAGCCAGGCCGGGCGCGGCGUUCCCGCCAUGGAGAUCGAGAAGGAGUUCCACCGGCUCGACCAGGCCGCCAGCUGGGCUGCCAUCUACCAGUUUACUACUCUGGAAAUAGUUGUGUAAACAGUCAACUAUAAGUGCAACUUCUUCUGCUGAACCUUUACGUAGAGCAGAGGUGCCCAGCCAUUCUGCCCUGGAGCCAGGUGAAGGCUGUACAGUCUGUUCUGUCCCUGCUACCAACCCGUGGGCUUGUGCACGUGGCACGUGAUCUGUCCAGCCCUUACAUGACCCGGCAGCCAUAUAGUCAGUACUUCCUGUACAUACAAGCUCAUAACUUUUGAGAAACUUCAUGGAACUAGUAGAAAGUUUGGAAAUACAGCCACUGUCUGUCUCAUAGUAUUCUAAACAUAAGAAUAAUACUGAAGUGGUCUGAAUGUCUACUACACCAUGUUCAUGGUGAGGCUUUAUUCCCUUAAAUUUUGCAAACAUAUUAAAGUGUUAUGUAGAUUUUUAGAUACUCAGAGUACUUAAUAUGAAUGGAAUCAUUUAUGCAAAGUGAGACCAGUUGUUUAGUGUUUCAAAGCAGUGAACGAGCUUUCCUUGAAUUAGAAUUAAGUCCUUUCCUUUUCAUUUGUUAGUAUUGCUUUGUCCUUCUAAAAGUUUAACCCAUUUUUUGUUACAGUUGUUUUUUGUAGUUCUCUAUAGAAAAAGUAAAUUUAAAAAUUAGCCUUCACCAACAGAAAUGAGUAACAGAUCUAAUGCUUACACAAUUCAGAAACAUGACAGCUUAGAUACAGCUUAUUUUGUAAAUGCUUAUUUUAAACUCUCUGUGAUAAUGCAUGCUGUUCUUCGUCUCUCAUUCUUAAUCAGUGAUCUACCUAUUUCUGCUGAGUAAGAAUCUGGUAGGUGUAGAGCUUCCUAUGUUUUAGUUAUGACAUCUUUUGACAUUAUGACAAUUAAUUGAUACUCGAGCAUUCUCAACACUGGCCUACCACUGCUUUUACCAAGUAAAUUCAAUGAUGUUUUGACUGAUUACUUUGGUAAGACACUUGGCGUUUUGAAAAUCUCACCUUUGUAAUGCAAUGUGUUCAGAGUGUUACCUAGCAGUAACUUGGGCUGGAUAGCCAAGGUACAGUAAUAUUACAAGUAUAGUUUGGCUAAAAAAUAACUUGGAUUUCUAAACCAUUCCAUUAUCUGAACACAAAAGUCUCCAAAAUGCAAACAUUCUGGUCUCUAUCUCUAAAAUACAGAGGACUCACAAUAAAAAUUUAUGGCAGUUCUGGUGUAUUGUGCUUAAGAAGUAUGUUCAAAUCUAUCUAUUUCAUGUUACUGCUGCUAAGUAGAUAUAGGAGCUACACUUUCGUGCAACGAUUACUGAAAUUAGAUUUCAGAACUCUUUAAAUAAGGCGUAUGUGUUUACAACUGAGCAGCUAUGAACUGGACCUUUUCUUUUCCUUUUGAGACAGGCUCUUCUGAAUGUUCCAGAUAGAGAGGAGAUUGUCUUUACCUUAUUUGAUAAGAAUAUAUGCCUAUGUAAAUGAAACAUUACAGAAAAAAUAGUGGCACUGUAGCAUCACAACAACAAAAAACCCACCAGGUAUUAGUUAAUAACCAGAUUUGUAUUCCCUGAGCAAUGCAUUACCAGUUUGAGAUCCUUAGAUACAUAUAUGAAUCUGUGGAACUCUCUGGGCUGGAAGACAUCAGGCAUGAAGCCAGUGAUUUUCCAUGUAAAGUGGCCAAACAUCCCAGAAACAAAAACAGAAAUAGGUACAGAGAUGUCAGCCCCUUUGAUCACAGUCGAAUUAAGCUAAACCAAGGUGACAAUGACUAUAUCAAUGCUAGCUUAAUAAAAAUGGAAGAGGCCCAGAGGAGCUACAUCCUUACGCAGGGACCUUUGCCAAAUACUUGUGGUCACUUCUGGGAGAUGGUUUGGGAACAGAAAAGCCGUGGUGUUGUCAUGUUGAACAGAGUGAUGGAAAAGGGAUCCAUAAAGUGUGCGCAGUAUUGGCCACGGAAGGAAGAGAAGGAAAUGUUUUUUGAAGAUACAAACUUGAAACUAACCUUGAUAUCAGAAGAUAUAAAAUCAUAUUACACAGUACGACAACUAGAAUUGGAAAACCUUACAACGCAGGAAACUAGAGAGAUUCUGCACUUCCAUUAUACUACGUGGCCUGACUUUGGAGUCCCAGAGUCUCCUGCUUCAUUCCUCAAUUUCCUGUUCAAAGUGAGAGAAUCUGGCUCGCUUAACCCUGAGUAUGGACCUGUUGUGGUGCACUGCAGUGCAGGAAUUGGAAGAUCAGGAACCUUCUGUUUGGUCGAUACGUGUCUUCUGCUGAUGGACAAACGGAAAGAUCCUUCUUCUGUGGAUGUUAAACAGGUUCUCCUAGAAAUGAGGAAGUACAGAAUGGGACUUAUACAGACAGCGGAUCAGCUUCGUUUCUCCUACUUAGCUGUUAUUGAGGGGGCAAAAUUCAUUAUGGGGGAUGCUUCAGUGCAAGAACAGUGGAAAGAGCUCUCCAAUGAAGAUCUGGACCCACCACCUGAACAUACCCCACCUCCUCCCAGACCACCGAAGAGAACCUCAGAAAUGCACAAUGGAAGGAUGCACGAACAUGCAGAAUUCUUUCCUAAGCAUCAAGUGGUAGAGGAAGAGAUAAGAUGCUCAGUCAGCACUGCUGAAGAGACGGUUUCAGAUGGCAGAGUUUUUUCAUCUGUACCACUGAUCACAGACAGCACUAGUCAAGACACUGAAAUUCGGAGGAGAACUGUUGGUGAAAACCUGCACGUCACAGCCCACAAAGAAGAGUCGAAGUCAGAAAGUGUAGAAGAGGAUGAUGAGAACAUGAUGACAACUUGGAAGCCGUUUCUAGUGAAUAUAUGCAUGUUCACUUUCCUCACAGCAGGAGCUUAUCUCUGUUACAGGGUAUGUUUUCAUUGAUGGACAUGCCAGCACAACUGACCCUGCAGAAAACACCAACAAUUUGAUCAGUUUGUAAUAAGCUUCUGUACAAGAAAGCUCCUUGAGGCACGUGAGCCUCAUCUCAGCAGAGAUAGAUCUUAGGUUAAAAGGCCAGAACUUUGGUUAGGGCUUAAAGAGAGAAUUGAUGCACUAGGGUUUUAUCUAGCCCUGUGGUCCCAAGAACAUGAUAUUCUAAUCUCAGGGCCUUAAAAUAUUCAGGAGUAAGCAGAGAAAAUGCCAAAUAGUCUGUUUUUCUUUUUUUCUUUUUUCUUUUUUAACUGAAUAAUAGAAUUACAACACAUUGUUGUUUUUAGCCUUUUUUAAAAAGCCAGUCCUUUUUCUUUUGUGAUUCAGAAAAGCGAGGCACAAGCGAAACUUGCUUGUACUCUCUAAGUGUUGUAACCAAAUACAUCACUUGAAUCGAUGAGUUCCCAAAAAAAGAAAAAUAAACCCACAUACAUGAAGAAUGUAAACCUUUUGGAAGGGGUAGGGGGCAGCUAUGGUUGGGUGGGUUUUUGGUUUGGUUUUAUUUUUAACUUGCUUCAUCUGUUAAAGACUGAGUUGUGGGCAGUGCCUGUGGUAUUGAUGUAUUUAAUCUUGGCAAAACUUUUCUGAGAGAGCUUAUUGUUUUAUGCUGUUUAUAGAAACAGGCUUCUGCAUUUGCUCAGGGUAUGCCAACAUGUCCAGCUCUUUUUUUUUUCUUUUCUUUUUUUUUUAAAAGAAAUGUAUCUUCUCGUUGACUUUUGUUGCGCUCUACUUGCACAUAUACCUAUUUACAUUGCACCAUCCUUUGUAAAGCUGUUUUUACAUUUGUAUUCUGGGUUAGGAGAAAUUAAGGGGAGGGAAAGAAACAGGAAAGAAAAUUCAACCAAAACAUGUCCACCAGCAUUUUGAAGCUGUUCAGUUGGCAUUCAGAAGGACCAGUUCAUAAACCUCAUCAUUUGGAAUGUAAAACGCAGUUUCACUCUACAUCUGCUUUGUAAGGAAUAGUGUGCUUUCUGCCACAGCCGGGAGGUGAUGUACUCAGAGGCACUGCAGGUAAUGAGCAGCAAAGCAUGUCAAGAAAACCAGAGCCGUCAAUCCUGUGGCAGCUUCCUUAAGACAGAAAGUUCAACAGAAGACAUGUUGGUCUCAGAACAUAACGGCUGGCUUUUGAUGCAAGCAUUUGUGUGUUUUGCUUAUUUUAAAGCAAAGAUUUAAAAUACUGGUUUAGUUUGGCUUGAAGAUACGCUGUUUGGUGACCACUGGACACAGAGUUGUUGAUGGAUAAGCUUGGCACCUCUGCAGACACGGUUGUUGCUAUCCUCAGUAAUGUAAGCUAAGAGAUGGGUGGUUCUGUUCUACACCAUGCUGUGUUGGGGGUUCUGCUCAGCUGGAGCCCAGCGCUUGAAUAAUCUGAGUGCUUGCAAAUAAGGAUUUGGGUGCAUUGGUAGAACUGUGACUGCAAGCUUGCAUUGCACUGAGCAGUCUUAGUCAAUGCUGCUCCUCACAUUAGUACCAAAUUAUUACGAUUUAAUAAUAGCAAAGAAUUAUUUGCUGAUGUCAUGGAACAGAAGAGUUAAAUUCACUGCUGAAAGAUGUAGUGAAGGAAACUAAACCAUGUCGGCUGAUCUGCAACAGCAUUGUUAAUCAGUUCCUUUUGUUUUUAAAUGCUUUAUGGCACUUAACCACCAUUCUCAGUGCAAACAUCACUGUGGAGUAUCUUAAGUCUCUUUCCACUCCACGUUUUAUUUUUGCAAAGCUGUCUGUAGGUGUAGCUCUUUUCCUUCAGUGAAUAAGGAGGUGAAAUGGGGGGGAGCGGGGAGCUGUUUCUCUUCUGUCUUUUGUUAGGCUUGCAUCAAGGGCUUUUCACAAGUACAAUACUAAAUCCUCAGGUAGUACUGGGAAUGGAUACUUCACCUGGGAGACUGUUGGUCAGACCAGUACUGGAAAGGAGGAAUGUUGUAACCAGUCAAUAUCUAGUGGUAUUACUGGAAUCAUGAAAAAUGAGUAUAGAAAAAUGGUAAUAUAUAAUGGCUCAUCUGUGUAUUUAAGAUACAGUGUGUGAUUGCUUUCUCCCCACUGUUCUCUCCAUCAUCUGGUAGAACACUGUUCUAAAGCAACGUUUAUACAUCAUUUGUAUUAGAAUGCAUGUAAAGUCUUCUAGUGUCCUGAUUAAAUACCAUGUGCUUGAAAGGUGAAAGAAGUUCUAUUUCUGCUUACUGAUGUGCCCAAAUUAUAUUUGCAUGAACUGAUCAUUAAGUGGCUGUGGUUCAAAGGGUGCUGCUGAAAUUAUCUUCGUUCAGCGAUAGAUCGACUUGGUGUUUAUCAGAUAACAUGUACUCGCCUGAUACUUGGCAUGACUUCCUAUUAAAUCUCUGCGUAUUCAGCGUAACCCGAUUGUUAGCAUGGUUCAUUUCAGCUGAGUGAGUAUAGUACAGACAUUCCAGAGUGUGUAGUAAGCCGUAUUCACACCUCACCUCUGCUCAUGGGUGGCAAAGCAGGAGUUGGUGACUUCAGAGCUGCACUGGAGGACAAAGAACCUUUCUUUGCAAGACUGCCAUAGUGUGUGUUAAUCUGCAAAGACAGCUUCUUAAGUGGUGUCAUUCUGCUCAAAAAAAAAAAAAGCCAAACAGAAAACAAACUGUACUGUUCCCAAGAAGAGAUGUUUUAAACUUUAGCCUGGAGGGGAAAAUAAAGAAUCUUCCCUUUUGAAUCCAGCAUAAUUCAGUUGCACCAUGCUUACAAAUUACUGCAGUAUGAGAAAGUUCCUGCAGAGGAAGUUCUGAAGACCCUCUUUUCUGCCUCUGUAUUUUUCUUCUUUCUGUCACCUGUUCCAAAUCCAGGAGAACUUACGCUGUCCCAGUGAGGUGUGGAUAGGGCUUAUAAUACUGAACUGUAAACACUUUUGUUUUGGUGUCCUGUAUGUGUAUGUAGUAGUUUGGGUGUGUAUAUACAGUAGCAUUUCAAAGUGGGUGUAUUGGUUAACCUGUUCUUGGAAAAUGGACAAAUAUCUGUGUUAAACUUGUUAGAAAGUUAGUGAGCUGCUCUGCUAUCUGCCUUAAGCAAAUAUUUACGCAUCAGGUCUUUCUUUUUUUACAGAUUGCCAUAGAAUAAACUUUUCUAAAAAAUUAAAAACCAAAAAAGUUAAAUGUUUUGGUAUAAUACAUUUUCAGGUAUCUUGUCUUUUGUGUAAGCCACUGCAAAGACCUCAGAAGUUAUAGUAAAACUGUACAGUUUUCUCAAUUUCCCAGACAAGUUUUCAGUUCCCAUUUCAGUUGUAACAAUAAAACUCUUUUUUUAAAGAACGUA